AUGUUUACCGACACUCGAUGGGCCAAUGUAGAAAAAAAAUUUAAAAAUAGACGGCACACCGAUCCACAAACAAGCUCUUACUCUUCGGAAAGUCGUCACAGCGACAUCAUAGAUGAUUUUUGUAAUAGCACCGAUACCAUGUCACCAUCACUCAGUGAGGGCGAGUCAUCAAAUAUAGGAGGUGGAGAAUACUUUCUCCCCAGUAAUUCCGAUAAGGAAAUAGAGAGACUGCAGAUGCAACAUUUCUUAAUGCGAUGCAUCUGGAAAGAAAACUUUUCGUCACCCAUAAAGGAAGAUUUCAUUAAAGGUGGAGUCAAAAAAGACGUUUAUCACAUGCCCCCUUCGUCAAAAAAUAGAUGUGGAUCAGGAGUGUGGAUUACCGACCUGGCGACAGAAUUCACGGCGUCGACAUUCAUCGGUGUUGACGGUGACGAAGCACGCGCUCGAAUCCAAAUAGAAUUGCCAAAUGCGGCGUACCUUCAUCACGACCUAUUAGAUGAAUUACCUUUUCCUGAAAACACAUUCGAUUUCGUGAAUCAACGCUUUUUCACAAUGGCAUCCGAGGAGAAGUGGAGAAAUUACGUUUUACCCGAAAUUAUUCGCGUAACCAAGACCGGUGGAUACAUGGAAUUCAUGGAAAUGGGAAAUUGGCAGGAAAUGGGGAAGGUGACGAAGCGCAUGACUAAAGCAUACGAUGAUUAUAUGGAAACGCGUGGAGUUUAUCGUUUAAACCCUUCCUCGGUAGAGAAAACACUGAGAUCCACCAAUCUCAUCAAAAAUAUCAAGUGCGACUCAAGGAUUUCACCAUUUUGGGGCGGCCAGGCGUCUCGAUUGAUUUGCCGAAAUCAAAUUGAAAAGAUCGCGGUAAUUAGAUCGGACAUGUGUAAAUUCCUGAAUAUUAGCGAAAGAGAAUUCAACGAAAUGAUAGAGGCGAUGCACGAAGAAGUUAGAAUUCACAAGACCUUUUCUAUAUCAUAUAGGUAUGUUGAAGAGCGUCUUGGUGAAUCCAUUUUUCUUACUCACAAACGUCCACCUACUGAUUCACUUCCGAUUAAAUAA